AUGCUUGCAGCCUGCCGCAACCCCUCUUUGGCACUCACCUCCAUGUCAGUGCACUCUGGCGAUGGAAACAUUACCACCGCCGCCGGAGACGAGUUUCUCGACCUCACAGUCCUUGACAAAGCGUGGCGCAAGGCUGUUGGCAAGGUUCUGCCGGUUUCCUUCAUUACGUUCGAUUUGAGCUUGCCCAGGCCGGAAUCUGGCAACGCAGAAGAAGGGCUUGAUGCGUUUGAAAGAAUCUAUUGGGACGUCCAUCCACCAAGUGAAGGUAGUAUAGGCCCCUGCGUUCGGACGCAAGAUGUCUUGCGGCUGGCCAUCACUAUCGCAACCACAUCGCGGAUGCGGACGCAGAGCGACUUAGGUUUCAAUGUUGUCUAUGAGAAGAAGGAUAGGGUGUCGCUGAAUGCUAUGAGCCUUUUAAAAAAGCAGCUCCGGGCUAUCGCUGAGUCACGCCGUCCAGGGGCCACAGAGGAGCCUUGA